AUGAUUUUUUUUAAAGAACCUACUGCUGAUGAUCAAACAAUCAAUUCUGUGAUUGACAUGGAUAUCGAUUCUCCAUCGUCUCAAGGAUUAUAUGAUCAUGAUGAACGUUUUCGAAUACCAACACCACCGCCACCAUUGCCACCACCAUUAACACUCCCACCAUUACCAUCUACAAAUGCAACAAUCUAUACUCAACCAUUAACAUCUCUUAUUUUUACUAGUACAUUAUUAAAUGAGUCAAAUAAAAUUUUUAAUAAUUCAUGUCAUAAGUCAAUUGAACAAUAUCAACCAAAUGAAAUCAUAUUACCAAAUUCACAUUUAAUACCAAAAUCAGAAUCAAUAAUUAUUUCACCAGAUGAAACAGUUUUUAAAACAUGUUUAGGACACUAUGAAUCAUCAUCAAGUGAAAAUAGUCUUAUUGAUGAUAAUCAUUCAUUAUCUGUAAAUGAUAAUAUACAACAAGAAGAAAAUAUACUUUUACCAUUAAUGAAAACUUCAUCAAUAAAUAUGCAAGAUGAUUCAAAUCGAUCACGUGAUGAAUUUGUUCGAUUACUAACACAAGAAGCUUAUAUAUCAAAAUCAUCAAGUCCAGAUAAAAAUCAAAAUACUCAUAAACGUUCAUAUAAUUAUCAUUAUCAUCAUUAUCAUCAUCAUAAUCGUAGACGAUCAUUUGAUGAUAAUGGCAAUACACGAAAACAUAUGUCAUCAAAUCAUUCAAAUUCUCAUCAAUUUUAUUCAAAUUCAUCAAAUAAUAAAAAUCGAAAUAGACCUGUUAAAUCAUCACAUACAAAAAUUUCUUCAACACGGACAGUAACACUUACUUCAAAAUUAUUAAAUGAUGAACGACAAAAUAUUGAAACAGUAAAAGAUAAUAAACAAAAUGAUGUCGAAGAUGAACCAAUGAUUAAACGUAUAAAAAUUGAUUCCCAUUCUCCAUCAAGAUCAUCAUCAUCAUCAUUAACAAAUACAAAAACUAAAAUUGAAAAUACAGAUGAAACUAUUGAAAAAGAUUUAAGUCUUAAAUCUAUAGUAACUAUUCCAACAACUAAUAAUGAUCAUGAUUAUCGACAUGAUAUUCAUGAAAAACGACGAACAACUAGUAAUUCUAAUCAAUCAAUAACAGAUAAUUCAAUAAAUAAAUCUUCACGUUCACGUUCGAAAUCAAAAGAUCGACGACGACGAUCAUCAUCAAUAAAUUCACAUAGUUCAUCAAUAAAAAAUUCUAAAGUAAUAUCAAAAUCAAAAACUUAUUUAAAAUCAUCAAAAUCAUCACCAAUAUCAAGUCGAACACCAUCAUCAAAUGAUAAUUAUCAUCGACAUCACCAAAUUAAAUCAAGAUAUCAACAUCAAUAUGAACGAAAACGAUCAUUUGAUUUAUUAAAUCAUCAACAUAAACAAUAUAAAAAUCAAUUAUUAAAUCGAUAUGAUAAUAAUAAUCUAUUUCAUGAAACAUCUGAUAGAAAUUCUUUACCAUCAUCAUAUUAUCAACAUAAUGUACAUGAUUUAGUCGAACCUGACAAUUUACAACAUGAUCAACAACAACAACCUAUACGUCAUAAAAGAUAUAAUUAUAAUCAUCAAUCAGUUGCUGAUCAUCCACGUUUUGCAAAUGCAAAUAUUCUAUCUCCACCAAAACCACUAAUGGAUUUUCAUUAUCCAAAAUCAUCAACACAUAAUCGUAGUUCUUCACCGGUGACCAUGCAAGACCGAAAUAUUAAUUCAUCAUAUUAUCAAAAUAAUUAUAUUAAUCAAACUGAAUCAAGAACAAAAAAUUAUUCGAAUUCUUACGAUCCAAAAGAAUCGAAUACAAUAAAAUGUUUACAAAAAUUUCUUGAAAAUGAAACAAAUGAAUCAUAUAUACAACAACAAAUGGAUUAUUCAGUAAAUGAAAAAGCUAACUAUUCAUCUUCAACAAUGAAUAAUGAUAAUUCACAAUGGUCUUCUUCAAAAACAAAAUCUGAUAGAAUUGUACAAAAUAAUAAUAAUAACAAUAAUCAAAAAUUUACUUGUAGUGAUGCUGAAAAAUUAUUAACUAUGGUGCAACGAUUACGUAAUUAA